UAAAACGCCCGCCAUUCUUGUUUGCUGUCAAAAGAGAAGCUUUGCCUAAUGUCGUGAAAUAUUCAUUUACAUUCGUUUUUUAAAGCGUAGUUGUCCAGUUCUCUUAGUUAUUAAUGUUUUAUUAUAUAAAUCAUCAUGUCUAACAUAUCGCUUGAUAAAGAAACAUUUUAUCGGCGCAUGAAAAGGCUGUACGCAGCGUGGAAGGCUGCAGCAGCGGAUUCAAAAAGUGAAGAUGCAUUGGCAAAGGUUGAUUGCUUGGUUUCCUGCGUUGGAGUCGACGAAGAUACACUUUAUAGCAAGUCGACUGCUUUACAGACUUGGCUAUUUGGAUAUGAGCUACCAGACACAAUAACUGUACUCACAGAGCAAAGCAUGUGUUUUCUUGCAAGUAAGAAGAAAAUAGAAUUUCUAAGACAAAUUGAAAAUGGAAAAGAAGAAACAGAUCUACCUCCAGUAAAAUUAUUAAUAAGAGACAGAAAUGACAAAGAUAAGGAAAAUUUUAGUAAACUAGUACAAGAGAUUAAAAAAUCAAAAUCAGGUAAAACUCUCGGAGUAUUUGCCAAAGAUAAUUAUCCUGGUGAAUUUUGUGAAAGCUGGAAAGGAGUCAUGAAGUCGGAAAAGUUUGAGAAUGUUGAUGUAAGUUCAUCCGUUGCCCUUUUGAUGGCGCCAAAGGAAGACCCGGAGGUUAUAACAAUCAAAAAGGCUUGCUUGGUCACUGUGGAUGUCUUUACUAAGUACUUGAAGGAUCAAGUUAUGGAAAUUAUUGAUUCAGAUAAGAAAGUAAAACAUUCUAAAUUAGCGGAAGGUGUUGAAGCGGCAAUAUCAGACAAAAAGUAUGUAACUGGGGUGGAUACUAGCCAAGUGGACAUGUGCUAUCCACCCAUCAUACAGUCUGGUGGCAAUUACAGCUUAAAAUUCAGCGCUGUAUCGGACAAGAAUCACUUGCACUUUGGGGCCAUAGUGUGUUCACUGGGUGCAAGAUACAAAUCAUACUGCUCAAAUAUAGUUCGUACAUUAUUGGUCAAUCCAACUGAUGAAAUACAAAGCAAUUACAACUUUCUCGUCAAUAUGGAAGAAGAGGUGAUGAAAAGUUUAGUGGCUGGGGCUAAACUGUCUUCGGUUUAUGAAGCCGGCUUAGCAUUGGCAAAGAAGGAGAAACCAGAACUUGUUGAUAAUUUGACUAAGACAUUUGGUUUUGCAAUGGGUAUCGAAUUUCGUGAGAGCUCCAUUGUUAUUGGACCCAAAACGUCAAUUGUUGCUAAGAAGGGAAUGGUGUUCAACAUUAAUAUUGGUUUAGCAAACUUGACGAAUAAGAGUGCAUCUGAUAAAGAAGGCAAGACAUAUGCCCUUUUCAUUGGUGACACAGUGCUAGUAAAUGAGGAACAGCCUGCGUCACUAUUAACACAAUCCAAGAAGAAAAUCAAGAAUAUUGGUAUCUUCCUCAAAGACGAUGACGAGGAAGAAGAAGAAGAGAAGGAAAAUAAGACUGAAAUACUCGAAAAUGGAGGAAGGGGCAAAAGAACUGCAGUCAUCGAGUCGAAACUGCGUACGGAACAUUCCUCAGAAGAAAAACGUAAGGAGCAUCAAAGGGAACUGGCAAUAGCGCUCAAUGAAAAGGCAAAGGAACGUUUGGCGAAACAGUCCAGUGGAAAGGAAGGGGAAAAGAUAAGGAAAAGCACUGUUUCAUACAAAAAUAUCGGCCAAAUGCCGAACGUGAGCGAAGUUAAAGAAUUGAAGUUAUAUGUUGAUCGGAAAUACGAAACAGUAAUCCUGCCAAUAUUUGGAGUACCAGUGCCAUUCCAUAUUUCGACAAUAAAAAAUAUCUCCCAAUCAGUGGAAGGCGACUACACUUACUUGAGAAUAAACUUCUUCCACCCCGGUGCCACUAUGGGCAGGAAUGAGGGGGGAAACUAUGCUCAACCUGAUGCUACUUUUGUUAAAGAAGUAACAUACCGAAGUACAAACACAAAAGAACCAGGCGAAAUUUCGCCGCCAUCUGCAAAUCUCAACACAGGUUUCCGUCUAAUUAAGGAGGUUCAAAAGAAGUUCAAAACGCGUGAAGCAGAAGAGAGGGAAAAGGAAGAUUUAGUUAAACAAGACACUUUAGUCCUCUCUCAGAGUAAAGGCAACCCGAAACUUAAAGAUCUGUACAUAAGGCCCAAUAUAGUUACUAAGAGAAUGAGUGGCUCACUCGAGGCACAUUCAAACGGCUUCAGAUUCACGUCAGUAAGAGGAGACAAAGUGGAUAUACUGUAUAAUAAUAUUAAAAACGCAUUCUUCCAACCCUGUGAUGGUGAAAUGAUUAUAUUGUUGCACUUCCAUUUAAAACACGCUAUAAUGUUUGGUAAAAAGAAGCACGUGGACGUCCAAUUCUACACAGAAGUGGGUGAAAUCACAACGGAUCUCGGCAAACACCAACACAUGCACGACCGAGACGAUCUCGCGGCUGAACAGAGUGAACGGGAGUUGAGACACAAGCUGAAGGUCGCGUUCAAGAGCUUUUGUGAGAGGGUGGAGAACAUGACCAAGCAGGAGGUGGAGUUUGAUACGCCUUUCAGAGAGCUAGGAUUCCCUGGAGCGCCCUUCCGCAGCACAGUACUCCUCCAGCCAACCUCUGGAGCCCUAGUGAACCUCACAGAAUGGCCACCAUUUGUAAUAGCCCUAGAAGAUGUUGAACUGGUCCACUUUGAAAGAGUACAAUUCCACCUAAAGAACUUUGAUAUGGUGUUCGUGUUUAAGGAUUACGCUAAGAAGGUCGCCAUGGUUAACGCCGUGCCUAUGAACAUGCUGGACCAUGUUAAGGAGUGGCUUAACUCAUGCGACAUACGAUACUCAGAAGGUAUACAGUCUCUCAACUGGACAAAAGUUAUGAAAACAAUCACAGAUGAUAUAGAAGGAUUCUUCGACAAUGGCGGAUGGUCUUUCCUUGAUCCUGAAUCAGACGCUGAGAAUGAGCAACAUGACGAAGAAUCAGAAGAAGAAGAUGACGCGUACGAGCCGACAGACGCAGAAUCGGAAGAAGAAUCUGAAGACGACUCGGAGUAUGACUCUGAGGCGUCUGAUGCCUCUGAGGGAUCGGGUGAUAGUGACGAAGAAGACGAAGAAUCCGGCAAGGACUGGUCAGAUCUCGAGCGGGAAGCUGCGGAGGAGGACAAAAAGGAGCGCACCUUCGAUAGAGGAGAGGACUUCGAUCGCAAACGAAAGGGCGGUAGGGAUAGACCGCGGUUCGAGGACUCUAAGAAGAGCAAACACGACAAACAUGAUAAACACGACAAGAGCGAUAAGCACCAUAAAAGCUCCAGCUCGCACAAGAGUUCCAGUUCGAAUCACAAGAGCAGUUCCAAUCAUAAGAGUCCGUCGAAGCAUAGUAGUAGCAGUCCAUCAAAGAACCGCGACAAGCACCACAAGUCGUCGCACUCGAGCGACCGCAAGUCGCACCACGAGCGGCGCUCCAACGGCGACAAGAAGCACGACCACAAGUCGCACAAGCGCUCGCGUGACGACAGCCGCGACCACGACCGCACGCCCAAGAAGUCCAAGAAAUAAGAAGAUGUCUGAAGAGUGUUACUUAUUAUGUUUGAUCAAUGGGUUUUUGUUACUGCACAGAACUCCUUUCGUGUUUCGUUAAACAUUACUUGUCACCCACUGUCCGUCUGUUAGAUGUUCAAAUCAUUGUCUGAUUGUUUUGUAUGUAUGUAGAUUAAUUUUAAUUCCAUGUCUAACUGUAAUUUAAAUUAUAAACACAAAUGAAUAAAUUUAAGGAUUUAUUAAA